CAGUGUCACAAAAACGAAGACAAACCGACUAGUUGACGUGUGGAACGCAGCAAAAACUUGUUUUUCCCCGAGUUUUAAUUAGCUUUUGAUUUCAUUGGGAAGAAACAUGGCGCUCACCGAUGCUGACGUACAGAAGCAGAUCAAGCACAUGAUGGCCUUCAUAGAACAAGAGGCCAGCGAGAAAGUGGAGGAAAUUGACGCCAGGGCAGAGGAGGAGUUCAACAUCGAGAAGGGACGCCUGGUCCAGACGCAGAGAGUUAAAAUCAUCGAGCAUUACGAGAAGAAAGAGAAACAAAUCGAUCAACUCAAGAAAAUUAAGAUGUCCAACCUGAUGAACCAAGCUAGGUUGAAGGUCCUCAAAGCCAGAGACGACAUGAUUACGGAUCUGUUGACCGAGGCCCGUCAAAGGCUCGCACACAUUGCUCAAGACCCUGACCGAUACUCCAGACUGUUGGAGGGGCUUGUGCUGCAGGGAUUCUACCAACUGCUGGAGCCCAAAGUCAUUGUUCGCUGUCGCAAGGAGGAUGUAGACAUGGUCCAGGCUGCAAUCACUAAGAGCAUACAAGUCUACAUGAAGACUGUGAAGAGCAAUAUAGACGUCCGAAUCGACCAGGAGCACUUUCUAUCGUCAAACAUCUGCGGAGGUGUGGAAGUGUAUAAUGAAAACAGGAAGAUUAAAGUUUCCAACACUUUGGAGAACCGGAUGGAGCUCAUAGCGCACCAGAUGAUGCCUGAAAUCAGAGUGUCCUUGUUUGGCGCCAACCCAAACCGCAAGUUCACUGAUUGACAUUUGAGCAAGACUGCAGUUGGACUUCAUAUAAAAUGGUUGCUAACUAUACCAGGGAAUCAUUGUAGUCAUGUCUCCAUUUUUUGUGUUCUCAACUAACCUCAUGGCAAGUCUUAAAAGUACCGCAGUUUGUGAAGCUACCGUGUAUUUUAUACAUAUAUGGUCGUGUUUGCCACCAAAGAAAAGGAAUGUAUAAUCAAAAAAGCCAAAGAAAUAAAUGUCAAU